AGAAACCAGAGACUCCCCCCCAACAUGCAAGCAUCCAAUUAGGCCAAAUAGCUAUAGCUAGAAAGAAAAAAAAAACAGAGAAAUGAUUCAAAUGCUGCCUAAAAAGCACCAAUUACUUCCUACGACAACAUGGGGAAUCAGAAGCAGCUUGCAUUCCCUCAUUGCAAUUCUUGUAGCAACUCUUCUAAUUGGAGCUGUUUAUCUGACCCAAGAUGGUGGAUUGCAGCUAUUGUAUCAGGAUUGUACUAUAAUUACCACAUUGGAAACUAGAGCAGCAGGGGCAGAAGACCCAAAAUUGUCAAUUAGCAGCAGCAAAAGCAGAAGCAGAAGCAAAAGCAAAAGCAGCUGCAAUUUGUUUUCAGGGAAAUGGGUUUCUGAUAACCAGUCUUAUCCUAUGUAUAAAGAGAGACAGUGCACUUAUAUGUCAGAUCAAUUGGCUUGUGAGAAGUUUGGGAGAAAAGACUUGAGCUAUCAGAACUGGAGGUGGCAGCCCCACCAAUGUGACCUCCCUAGGUUCAAUGCCACAAAGUUGCUUGAGAGGCUAAGGAACAAGAGGCUUGUGUUUGUUGGGGACUCGUUGAAUAGAGGUCAGUGGGUUUCCAUGGUUUGCUUGGUCGAGUCUGCCAUCAAUCCAGACCUCAAAUCCAUGCCCACCAAAGCCAAUGGCUCUUUGCUCAUCUUCAAGGCCACUGAAUACAAUGCCACGAUUGAGUUCUACUGGGCCCCAUUGCUGGUGGAAUCAAACUCUGAUGAUCCAGUGAACCACCGCGUACCAGAUCGGAUUGUAAGAGCGCAGGCAAUUGAAAAACAUGCAAGGCAUUGGACGGAUGCAGACGUUCUUGUUUUUAAUUCAUAUCUCUGGUGGAGAAGGUCCCAAAUGAACGUCUUGUGGGGAUCUUUCGAAAGCCAAGAUGGGAUUUACAAGGAUGUUGAGAUGUUGAGGGUGUAUGAGAUGGCUCUCAGGACUUGGUCAGAUUGGUUGGAGGUCCAUGUUAAUCGAACCAAGACCAAAUUGUUUUUUGUUAGUAUGUCACCUACUCACCAAAGUUCUAAAGAAUGGGGCGAGACAAGUAGGGAGAAUUGCUACAAAGAAACAGAGCCAAUUACAGAGGAGGGAUACUGGGGAAAUGGAUCAGAUCAUAAAAUGAUGCGUCUGGUUGAGAAUGUGCUUGUUGGGUUGAAAGUAAGAGGUCUAGAUGUACAAAUCCUCAACAUAACCCAACUCUCAGAGUACAGGAAAGAAGGGCAUCCAUCUAUUUACAGGAAGCAAUGGGAGCCUCUAACUGAAGAACAAGAAUCAAAUCCCAGCAGUUUUGCCGAUUGUAUACAUUGGUGCCUCCCUGGAGUGCCUGAUGUGUGGAAUGAGCUCCUCUAUGCUUACAUUUUUCAACAAUAACAACUUCUGUUUGGAAAAAAAAAAAAAAAAAAAUCCGAACAGAUCAAGCUUGUAACAUCUUAUCUAAAUUUGUAAAAAUCUUGAAUGUUGAUGGCA